ACUCUGCUAUAGUAACUGUGGCCAUGUGAUCACUAUUAGCCAAUCAGAUUCGUCAGCUAAUUGUCGUCGGAUCAACUUGAAGAACUGGGGAUAUCGGAGGUCAGACGGAGCAGAGUCUCUGAUAUUGGAGAAGAUCUCCCAAACAGGAAAGAGUAUCUGACAUUUGCUGCAUGUGUGCUUCAGCCGAUCUAGAUCCUCUAUACUGUCUUACAACAAAACUAUGGAAAUUGCCUGUGGAUACCAUUGUAAAUGAUGGACAACACAAAAGACUGAGUCAUGUCUGAUUCGGAAAACAAAAGCCCGGUGCCAGUCCCCAUCACAAGGGUGGAACAGCUUCUUGGCAACAAAGAGGAUGAUGAUAUACUCAAAGAAUUGUGUAGUGUGAAUGGAAUCAAGUACAGUAAACUUGGGAAUGGGGGCGGAGACCAUGUGGAACUUCUGGAGAUCUUCUUUUCUGGAUACCCUCGGAUGUUGGGACUUAAGUUCUUUCCUAACGUCACCACCAUCAUCAUAAUGGGCCAGGAUAUAAGUUGCAUAGAUGGUCUGCAGUACUCAUCCAAGCUUGAAGAACUCUGGGUAUCAGAGUGCAAGCUCACUACGAUUGGUGACUUGAAAGGAUGCCCAAGACUGAAAAAGUUGUAUCUUUACGACAAUCAACUGCAGCACAUUGAAAGUUUAUCUCAUCUCAAGCAUCUCCAAGUCCUCUGGCUCAAUCAUAAUAAUAUAGCAAACAUUGAGGGCUUAAACGGUUUGACUGCUCUGUCAGAACUGAAUCUUGCUGACAACAAGAUUGAAAAGAUUGGUCAUUCUCUAGAUAAUCAUGACAAGCUGGAGAAUCUCAACCUUUCUGGAAAUAACAUCUGCUCUUUCAAGGACAUCACCCACCUGGUGAGGUUACCAAGGUUAAGAAUACUUGGUCUAAAGGACCCACUCUAUGCACCAAAUCCUGUAUGUUACCUGUGCAACUAUUCCACCCAUGUCCUCUAUCACCUACCCUGGUUAGAGAGACUCGACACCUAUGAUGUCUGCAACAAGAGCCUCAGGGAAAUGGCAGAGGCUACUGUAAUGAAGAAGAAGAUGUACUAUAACAUGAGAGUGAAGACCAUGAAGAGGAAUAUGUCAGAUAUCUUGCGUCAGUUGUGUAAAGAGAAACGUGCUCUGACUAGAGGGACUAAGGAUAGACUCAAAGCACUCAGCUUUGCCAUCAAAGAGCUUGAGAGAGAGCUAGAAAGCAAGGCUAGUGGGGGAAGGAUUGUGAGCAGACCGGUAGAAGAUGAUGUCGGGAGCGGUACAGAGAGUGAUAUACAGGAAGAUAGCAGUAGUCUAGAGACCAUAAGGAAAGCCAAACUAGCCCUAAUGCGGAAAAGAUAUGAGAAAUGCUGUCUGCUCUUUGAAGAUGUUGAAAAGUAUCACAAUGAAGCCAUCUUGAAGGUGAAGCAUGCAACGGCUGGAGCAACCCAGAGACUGGUCACGGAGCUUGAGACUGGGGGUAACGUCAGGUUUGAAGAUGGUAGUACGUCAGAUAUCUGGUUCACAUCAUGCCAUGACCUGAUCCUAUCACGGUUCUGUGCUUCUGAUUACCAAGCCCAUGGGAUCACAGGAUUGAAGAUACAUAGGAUAACUAGGGUUCAUAAUCGCAUGCUGAGGUACAGGUUUGAUACCUGUCUAGCUACCUUCUCAGAGGAAGACGACACACCUACUCUAGCAAGGCCACAGAGUAUGAAGAAGCUGCAGGAGUACCUGUUCUUUGUCUGGGAUCCUGAACUACCGGGGGGUGAGAACCAACCCAUGAAGGUUCUUGAGGAUGGUCCAAUGGAUCAAGAAACAUAUAGGCAAUUGGGACGAGAUGGAGCUGUGCCAUUAUCAAACAGUCUCAGCCUAUGUGAAAAGCCUCGCAUCCAGUACCUCACCUCCAAGUCUAGGACUGACCCUACGUCCCAUGACCCUUGCCCUUUCAGACAUGGUCAGCUAGUGGUAUGUAAGGUGUACCUAGGGAAAAGCUUGCCUGCCCUGGAUGUCACUACAGGCAUCCACCAGAAGUUCUACCCCAACUGUGAUUCAGUAUUCAGACCAAAGUGUUUUUCUGGUGGUGUACAGGAGGAAUCUCUGUGUGAAUGCUCCUCUAGACAGUGUGAAUGGUUUGUCUUCAACAAUGAGCUUGUCCUGCCAGAGUAUGUCAUUGAUUUUGAGUAUGUAACAAGGCUUCCAUCACCUAGUCCAUUUAUGAAUGUGAUGGAUAUAAAGCAAGGCGAGAAAGCUAAGAGACCUGCUGCAUUCAAUGUAGACCCUCAAGCUGAUGAUGAUCUCUUACUCAUGGAACCAGUCUCUCAGCCUAGGCCACGGCUUUCUAUGCUGACUGAAGAGCUGCUCCUGAAAGCCACCAAAGCAUCCUCCCUGUCAUCCAUUACAGUCCUUAAUCUCCAUGGUAAUGGACUAACAAAGCUCAAACAUCUCAGUGCCAUGACAGCUCUUCAACGUUUGGUUGUUAGUUUCAAUGAACUCAGUAGAUUAGAAGAUGUUGCUCAUAUGGCAAACCUUGAGUAUCUUGAUGCAAGCUUCAAUAAGAUCUAUACACUAGAUGGAAUGAAGGCUCUUGGUAAGCUGAAGAUACUAGACCUUAGCUGGAAUGAGAUGACCAACACAAGAGAUGAUCUGUCUAUUCUUAGGAAGCACUCACCUAAUCUCACAUGUUUAGAACUAAGACAUAACAACUGGCAGAAGCCUGAAGGUCUACGACUGAGGACCAUUGGCAGGCUCAAAUCCCUGACCACCCUCAACGGUCAGGCAGUGACCGAGGCAGAGGCUACCGCUGCUCUCCGCAUGGCAGCAGGAUCUAGGAUAUCUCAAGUGUCCUUGCUGGCACACACCAGGACAGAUGAGUGUAGACCACGCAGUCUGAGUCUGGUGUCCUGCGCACAGCUCCUCACCAAUGUCAGUAGGAACAAACCUGAUAGACAGAGUGAGAGUGACAGUGAAUGGUACACUAAGGUGACUACGCUGAAUUUAGAUAGCCAACACAUUAGUAAGUUGUCCAAUCUGGAGAGGCUGGUCAACCUUCGAUGGGCAUCCUUCAAUGACAAUGAUCUGACUAAGAUAGAAGGUUUAGAUAACUGUGUACAGAUUGAAGAACUUUCAUUGGAAGAUAACUGUAUCUACAGAAUAGAAGGUAUCUACCACUUAAGUAAGCUGCACACCCUGAACCUGGGCACCAACAACCUGAGUACCUUGGAAAAUGCAGGAUUGGACAAACUGGAUCAUCUACAAUGUCUCUCUGUAGAGGACAAUCGCAUCUCAACCCUGGCAGGGCUUGACAAGGUCACUUCCCUGCUGGAGCUCUAUGUUGGCAAUAACAACAUACGCAACAUUAGAGAGGUCUUUCAUCUCAAGCCCUUGCCAAACUUUGUAAUCCUUGAUAUGUGUGGGAAUCCUGUAGCCAAGGAAUCAGACAACUAUCGUCUCUUUGUGGUUUAUCAUCUCAAGUCUCUCAAGGCCCUUGAUGGUUCUGCAGUGGAAUCUACAGAAGGAGGUACGGCUAGGGAUACCUUUGGAGGGAGGCUGAAUCAAGACUUUGUGGCAGAGAAGCUUGGACAUUCUAACUUUCAUGAGAUCAGAGAGCUUGAUUUCCCUCAGUGUGGGAUCAGACAGGUUGAUCUGGGAUCGGGAGAGCACUUCAUUAAUCUACGCAGUGUGAACUUGGAGCACAACAAUCUGACAUCUUUUAGUGGUCUCAUCUAUCUUGUUAAUCUGAGGGUAUUAUGCCUAAACCACAAUCAUGUCGAGUCGAUUCUUCAAAGACCGAAGGCAUCUAAAGGCAGCAAGGUUGACAAGGAUGAUCACAUAGAUCACCACUUCCUACCAGGAACCCUGACACCCAUCCUAGACAAUCUAGAAGUGCUUCAUCUAGGAUAUAAUGGAAUCAGUGACCUGAACAAGCUGGAGAUGUCUCGGCUUCCCUCCCUCAAGGCUCUCUUUCUCCAGGGCAAUGAUAUCAGCAAGGUGGAGGGGAUGGACGGGCUCCAGGAUCUCAGAGAGCUGGUCUUGGAUCGUAACAAGAUCAAGAGUGUAGGGGAAGGAUCCUUCAUCAACCAGUGGAACCUCGUCGAGCUCCACCUGGAGGAGAACAGGCUCCGGGAUCUAUCCAAUCUUCAGUACCUGGAGAACCUUCAGAGGCUCUAUGUGGGGAGUAACAGGAUCCAGGACAUGUCAGAGCUUGAGAAGUUGGAUCGUCUGCCAAACCUAAUUGAACUCUCAGUCAUCAGCAAUCCUGUAUCAAGACGAUUGAUGCACCGACCAAUGCUUGUCUAUCGUCAGCCAAACCUCCUGUGUAUAGAUGGUAUACCAGUUACACAAGAAGAAAGAACCAAAGCUGAAUUAUACUUUAUGGAACAACAGGUGGUAACUGCAGUAUGUUUAAGCCCUUUUAGGCCAUCAAGUAUGAAUACUAAUGAGACCACUCUCCCUGGGAUAUCAUCCUACAAGGGUCACCCAGCACCGGUCAAGAUUACAAAUGUCCAGCUUCAAGGAGGGUCAUCAGACCGUCAUGGCUGGAGUACACAGGUCCAGUACGCACCAGGAGAUGAUGUGACGUUACCUUCAGAUUCUCAUAGAGCUCCUAAUCGAAGACAGCGUAGCUAUGGGAAAAAUGAUGUGCAGUCAUCUCCUAGCAACACAGGUUCAAGAUCCCAGUAUUCAAAUGCUACCGGGGGUAGUCGACACAGCGGACAGCAGUACCAAACACACUAUCAGGUGCCUUAUGUACCGCACCAGAGCCGUAGCCAGGGGUAUGAAGGGUAUUCUGGUAGCAAUGUACGCCACAACAGACCAAGAUAGUAUUGGACACAACGUAUGUAAUCUGCUUUGUCAUCAUCCCAUAUAUAGUCAGAGGGCAUAAAACUCACCUUAAGCUACCAGUGCCAUCUGAAUUCUGGGUAAUCCACUGAGGCGGCCAUAAGCCCAGGAUACACUGGGAAAAUGGACUGUACCUCAGUGGAAAUCUUCCUUAGGAAAGUUGCCAAUACAUUGUACCUUUGUAGAGCAAGCAUAUUGUUAUAGAUUUAAAUGGCUUUGUUAGUCUGGAGACGGUUGGAACUAUGAUGCUUGUACCUUUCUUGUACAAUGUUGCACAAAAAUGCUAUUUGUGUGUAAUUUGAUAUGGAUUGGGACAUGGUGGCCCAGAAUGAUUAUUGUAUGACAGGCUGUACUUUCCAUUCAUAUCACACAGAAUGGAUUAUUGGAAAUGAGGAAGUUGCUGUUUAUUGAUGUUUACUUUGAAAACAAGUGAAACUGAACUUAGCAUGGCGUUACAAAGUUUGUAUUGGUGAUGGAUGGGGACAAGAGAUAAAGAAUUGUAUAGAUUCAAGUAAAUUAGAAUAAUAAGAAUAAUUAUGAAUUGUUUGUGAUUACUGGCUUGCUCUAUAAUCACAGACAAUUUCCUUUUCAAGGGCAGAGGGAUUACUUUUUAUUGGUGGUAUUUUUCACCUGAAUUCAAACUAUUUUCAAUUUCAAUCAAUUGAUAACACAGGUUUGCUCGUACCCUCUCUUGUCUUGCAGAAUAUACUACUUUGCUUCAUUCCGAAUGAAAACAGUUGAAUUGGUUGCAUUUGUAUGAUUUAUCAGAAAUGAAUGACAGAUUUAUACACCAUUUGCAGUGACUCUGUUGACUUUUGUGCCUGUUGGCAUCUGAGAUCUUAAUGAUGCUACAAAAUUUUCAUUCAAAAUUUGCAUUCCAUUUGUGUUCAAUUGCGUGUUCAUGAUGGUUAAAGAAGUUAUAGUUUUACAAACUUUAUUGGAGAGAUUUCACACUAUUUGAUUUGAUUUUGGUGUGACCUAUUUUUUCAAUUCAAUUUCUAUGACUUUAUAUAGAAAUCUAGGCUUAAUGUUCUUACACGAGUUAUGGGCCUAUGUCUUGCAGUCUGGAGUUAUGAAAUUUGGAGUCAUCUGCAGUAUUCAAUGUGAUAUUCUUUGAGGCCAGUAAAUUCAGACACACAUGGAAAUUCCAUGCUGGUAGUUAUUCUACUGUUAAUGGUGACAUGGAAGAAUCCUAUUUGUGAAAGUGUUCCCCCUUGUCACUUUAUUUGUAAUUGCCCUCUCUUUGAUAGAUACAAGCCAAUCACAUACGGAACAACCUGAAUUAAUAAAUUUUAUCACAGUUGUAAUUUACUAUAAAUUGGGGACUUUUAAUGAGUAAAAUUAAGUAAAUUUAAGAAAUAUUGAUAUUCUGAAAUGAAUAAUGUCAUAUUUAAUCUAACUGCAAGCCUUUCUUUUGGAAUAAAGGCGGAAUUUGACUUCAGCACAAGAUUGUUCUUAAAUUAUGUUACUGUAAUGUGACAAGGACUUUUAACCCCCGAGGUUUGUGAAUGUACUUCAAAUUGCUAAAACAGGAGUAUCCAUAUUUUCAGAUUUUUUCUAAAAAUUGUCCUUAUUGCUAAGAAUUAUGGGUUUUUUGAAGGUGUGUAAUUUGAAGUAUAAAAUAAUGAAUCUUAAAUUAAAUUUAUAAACCAUGAGUGCAUAUGAAUUGAAAGUGGUGGUGGUUUUUAUUUUUAAAGGAAAAAUUGUGCCUUUUAUGUAGGUAAUCUGUGCAAUUCUAUAUGUUGAUUUAAAAAAUAUAUUUGAGAAUAGGCAAAUUCAAUAUGAGGAAACACAAACUAUUUGAAAUAUCAACUCCAAGAGGCAGAUUACACAGCUUACUAAGUUUUAAAAACAAAAACAAAUCAAACACACCAAUAUAUGGCAUAUUCUUAAAGCAACUGAUUAUUUUAAUAUCUCGUAACCAUUUGAUACAGUUCAUUAAUUUGCCUUAUUAAAAACUUCUUGUACGUCAGGACCAACAGCUGCUUAAAAUGUUUUAUACAAGUCUUGUAUCUUUGAAAUUGUGAAUAAUUGGUAAUUUACUAGGAUCAUUAUGAAUAUGUAUAUGUAUGUGUAUACAUAAAUAUGUGUGCUACUUACUUUCUUCAGAAUUUAUAUCUAUCAGAUGCAUUGUGACGAUGCCUUUAUUCCUUGUGAAAUGCCUCUCAAAGGGAACGGUGGCAUAGUGCCUGUAAUCCAACUGCAUGUGGAAUUUACAAACCUAUUCAGAUAUGUAGUUUGAGCCAUGCUCUCAGUCAUGUCUUAGGAGGCGGGGAUGUCAAAGCUUGGUCCCUAGACAGAACUUAUAUCUUAAUUGGUAUACAUCUGUAUAAAAAAAAAAACCAAAUACCCACACAUACACACUCGGGCUAGUAAAUAUACAGGUACGUAUAUCAGUUUAUUAACAUUUUUCAAAGUGUCUAUUAUUGUUUAACAUUAUCAUGAUUCAUUGUCAAGUAUUAAAAUUAUCUGUCCACUGUAUCACCUGCAGUUAUAAUGCAGCUGAUUUUUUAAAAUAUAAAUUUGUAGCAAGCAUUUUGUAUAGUGCAUUGUAUUCAAUGUUGUAUAUAUUCAUUGUAUAUAUGGUACAAGUAUAUUCUGUAGAUAAUAAAUGUUCAACAUUUGUAUGGCUCAAA